GAUUUCGGUUGGAGGUGCAACACCAUCUAAAGAGAGGAUAUCGUUGGUGGAGCGGGAGCACGGUUCUUUUUAGCUCCUCUGCUUGUAGGCUGUCUGGAGAGAGGCUGUGAGGUUAGUGCUGCUGGAGCUCUGUUUACUGGAGCCAUUUUCUUCCUUGUUCCUCCUUGUGAAAACGUCGAUUUGGAUUGAGCUAUAAAAUCGGAAAUUUCUAGAUCUGCCAUUAUGAUGGACCAUGUGGUAUCUACAGUGUCAUUGCUGGUGAUCGCUUUAACCUUCUGCUUUAUUACAUCAGUUUACUGUGAUUGUGGUUCUCCUCCAUCAAUCUCAUAUGGGUUAUUAAAAGAAGAAUUUGAAAAUCAAGAGACAUUUAAAGCUGGGUAUACUGUGCAAUACAGGUGCCGACCUGGGUUUAUUCGCAUUCUGGGAGUUAGAAAUACUGUCACUUGUAUGAGCAAUUCUAUGUGGACUAGUCAUGAAAAAUUCUGCACAGCGAAAUCAUGUGGAAAUCCUGGUGAUAUAGAUAACGGAUAUUUUGAGGCAACUAAUUUCUUAUUUGGCGCUAAAGUAACAUAUCACUGUAAUGAAGGAUACAAUAUGAUAUCAAGAAAAGAUCACAGAUAUUGUCAAGAGGAUGGAACUUGGAGUUAUGUUGUCCCACAAUGUGAAGCUGUGAUUUGCCCCCUUCCAGCUUCAAUUCUCAAUGGGAUAUUUUCCCCAGAAAAGGAUGAAUAUACCUUCUUGGAUACUAUUCAAUAUCGAUGCAGCAACCCCAAAUCUGUCUUAUAUGGUGAAACCUUUGCGUCCUGCACAGAAAAGGGAACAUGGAGUUCUAACCCUCCAAAAUGCAUAGAUGUUGAAUGCCCUUCCCCUGAAGUCCACAACGCAAGAAAACUGUCAGGAUUCGCUGGGCCAUAUACUCUAAAUUCUGUGGUUAGAUUUGAAUGCUUUGAAGGCUUCGUUAUGAAUGGUAUCGGUGAGGUGAAGUGCAAUAUUUACAGCCAGUGGGGGCCCUCAUUGCCUAAAUGUGAGAGAAACUUCUGCUACACGCCUCAGCUAAUAAAUGGAAGAAUCCAAAAAGGGAAACCCAAAAAUUUCCACAAUGAGAAAGGAUUUCUGAUUCAUGAUUCUGUUACAAUGGAAUGUGAUUCCUACUUUGUUUUAAAUGGACAAAGUACCAUAACCUGUCAAGAAGAUUUAACCUGGCAUCCUGAAGUUCCAAUUUGUGAGAAGCGGUUUGGGUGCAGUUCACCCAAAAUUGCAAAUGGACGUGUACUUAAGAAUGGAAAGUAUUACAACCCAGAAGAACAUGGACAUGCCUUCUCAACAUCAGACAAGAUACAAGUUGAGUGUGAUGAGGGCUUUGAAUUGGUUGGAAAAAGCAGCAGCAAGUGCACUUUUGGUUUAUUUAAAUACUAUUGGUCACCUGAACUUCCGACAUGCGAAAGGUGGGGACACUUGGGAACAUCAUCCUGGUAACCAGUGAUGUGAAAUAAAAUAAACUGCAG